UAACUGUUGAACCUGGUACCUGUCAGUCAGUGACUGAUCUGACAGAGAGAAAGUACUCACACUUGUUUCCACUUGUGGAAGUGAUGGAGAAACAACAAACAACAAACAUCUUCCACCAAUUUUGGAAGUGGACCCGGGGGGACCGGGAUAAUGGUGAUUGUAGACAAAAGAACCCUGAUAACUUCACCAGUGAGGCCAGGAUCCUGGACAUACAGAGGGAUGAGAGGGCUGCGUUAACUGAACGCACAGAAAGGCUGUGUGCUGUGACGAAAGCCAGAAACUAUGCUGUUCUGAAGAGACUGGGACUCUCUGUUCAGGACUUCACCCAGCCUUCACCUCAACCACCAGCUUUUCCCAGAAAAAGCAUAAAACCCUCUCGGCGGGAAAAGAGGAUCAGCUGUAUUUUAGAUGCACCGUGUUUGAACAUGGAGGACAUCGACAGAAACCAGAAGAGUCCUAAAGGUAUGGAUGAUGAGGACGAUGACUGCUUCAGGGACACGGUGCUUCCUGGCGGUCAGAUGACUGCACUUUUACGUAAGGAGGCUCAGACGGCAGACAGGGACGAGAGCCUAACUGCUUCGAUCAGCCUCAGCUCUGUAGAUACUCUCACACCCAAUGAGCUGAGGGCCAUUUCUCUGAUUGGAAGCCCUGUUGAGUUGACAACUUUCAAACCAAUUCAUGCUCCUCAAGCUGUUCUUCUAUCCAGGAGAAGAGCGUCUCGUCUGCCUGUGUUUUCUGCCAAACUCAGUGGAGCAGACAAGGAAGUCACUGAUGGUUGUAGGCUCCAAACUGCUAAAUAUAAAGUUGAGGCUAUUGUAACAAGACUGGAGCGCUUCCAGCUCAACUCUGUCCCUCCAGCUCGACCACAAGCCACUGCCAAGAGGAACCCUGAGGUGGCCCCAACCCUUCCAAGAGUUCGCCAAACCACAACAAGGGGAUCUCGACCCGGGAUGUUCCUUCCCCGUGCAAAGGUCAGUGGAGAAGGCAAGAAGACAGCCAGUGUGUGCAGCAUCCAGACUCCAAAUGAUAGAAAGGUUGAGCUGCAGCCGUUGACCAACCCUGUGGAGAGCCUGUCUCUCUGCUUCAGGCUUCUCUCCUCAGACGACUGGGUGAAGAAAAUAGACGGCUUGAAAACCAUGCAAGCUCUGGCACAGCACCACUCAGAGACCCUGAAGACCAAACUCCAUGAAGUGUGUUUGGUUCUCAUUGAGGAGGUGAAAAACUUGCGCUCCACGGUGUCAUGUGCAGCUAUGAACACUUUAGCUGAGCUUUACGUUCAGCUCCAGAAAGCCAUGGACCCGGAGGCAGAGGGAACAGGCCGAGCCCUGCUGUUGAAACUGGCACAGACUAGAAACGCCUUUAUUCAACAGCAGGCCAAUCUUGCACUAGAUGCCAUGGUGCAAAGCUGCAGCCAUGGUCGGAUCGUGAACGCUCUGUUGAACACAGGGCUGAGUCACCGUUGUGUUGCUUUAAGAGGGAGCAUGGCACAACACCUGCACCUGCUGGCCGACGGCCUUGGAGCAGCUCGCAUCUUGACAGCAGGAAGGAGCUUCACUGAGCGCUUCCUUACUGCCGUCUCGAAAAUCUCUGUGGAUGCUGCACCAGAAGUAAGGUGGGUUAUCAAGUUUUAGUUAGUGUACAAUUUCUCACUUGCUUGUGUCUUGUAAUUUGUGGCUCUUGUUUGUUUGCUGAGUGAGUGUUACCAUCAAUAUUGAACAUUGUGCUAAAUAAGAAACAUUCGGCAACAGGCACCAUGGAAAAGUUAUCCUCCAGGAACUGGCCCUCCAUAAGGACUUCCUGAGCCUGUGGACAAAGAUCAUUCCAGAAAAAGAAAGACGUUCACUAGACAAAAUCUUAAAGAAGGCCAAGAAGUAAAAAUGGAGGAUAUCUGCAGUA